GGUGCUUGAUUAUUAACUUUGCUUGAUUACAAACAUUGCUUGCUCAGACAUCCUCACUGACGCGAUCUUCGAUGAAAACCACAAUGAGAUGGUCAUUGUCAAAGAUAUCGACGUGUUCUCUCUCUGGGAACAUCACCUGGUGCCCUUCUUUGGCAAGGUUCACAUAGCGUACAUCCCCAACAAGAAAGUGGUGGGCCUGAGCAAGCUUGCCAGUCACAUGUGCAUGGUGAUGAGAGGAGUUCAGAAGAUCAUCAGCAAGACUGUGACGAGUGUCAUGCUGGGCACGUUCCAUGAUGACCCCAAGACCCGUAAUGAGUUCCUGACACUCAUCAGGAGGAGCUGAAACGCUUGAACCUCAGUCUACAAAGCGACUUUGACUCCUAGAAAAGAGCUAUACAAAUCGAAUUUAUUAUCAUUAUUAUUAUUAUUAUUAUUGCUACAAAGAGAUGUUUAGUAUACCAUGCUGUUAUGCUGAUUCUAGGAUUACUUUAUCAUCAUGUUUGUCUGGAGUUUUUACGAUUUUGGAAGAUGAUUUAGACAAUUUUGCAUAACUUUUUUUAUGAUGAAUGAACCUUUGAUAGUUAAACUUUUUGUCGAAUCAGUUUUGUCUGUUUGCUUAUGGUCUUGCCGUAAUGGCUUAAUGUAUUGCAGCAUCCUUCUUUACUUCUGUUAUUUUGUCAACAUGUUCAAAUACAUUUACACUUUGUUUACUGCAAUACUGUUUGAUAUCAUAUACAUUGUAAAGCAUUGGUAAGAAGCACACUGUGGCUAAUUAUUUCAUGUCUCUUACUAGAAAGGGAAUUACAAAAGGAAAAAGCAAUGCAAGUUGUGUCUUGCAUGCGAUCAUUUUGAAGUGAAUCAACACUUUGCAUCAAGUGCUUCAUUAGUUUGGUCCAGAGGAAAUAACUUGUGUUAAUUGAGGAUGACAAUAAAGUGACGUGAUACACUGUAAUUGCCACCUUCUCUAGAGGCUGGCUCUGAAUAUUGUACUAAUGCUAUAACCUUCAGAAAUAAAC